GGGAGCUCUAGGAGUAAAAAACUAAGAGAUAAAGAUAAAGAUUGAUUCCAAAAGGUUUAAAAAUGACCUUUUUCACAAUAGAAACUGCCCACUUUACAUAUAUAUCCACUCAACCACACAUAAAAGUUCCACGGUAAGUGAGAAGAAGCAACCUGGCAAAAAUAAAACGCUCAACACUAGUGAGAAGCAUUUCCAUGAGAUAUGUAAUAUUCCAAAGUUUGUAUUCAGUAAGUAUAAAGUGUGCUAGUAAAUCUACGGCUUAAUAAUAAUCUUAUUAUAGUUAAUAUCGUGACCUAGUGUACUGACAACUAAAUCAAGGUAAAAGCCUCAAAAAGUUACAGAAACUUUAAAAAUUGAGUCAAUAACGUUGGUACAGAAAUAAACCUACGCGUUUCACGCACAGGCUCUUUCUCAAGGGAUCAAUGAAAUGAGCUCAAGGAGUGGCCAACUGUUGGUGGGCAAACAAAAUCCAGUUGUCAACAAGCCCCACCAAAAUGAGCAACAAGGGCUCAGAACCAGCAGUUCUCCCCGAUGGAGAAGGGGGAGGAGCUGUUACGAGCACAUAACAUCUAAUGCUCAGGUACUACUUGGUUUAACCAAUCAGGUUUAUUUAUUUAGAGCUGCACCAAUGAGGGGCUGCAUAAGCCUUUCUCUACUCUGGCUUAUGGCCACUAUGGCUUAAUGACUGACACACUAUUUUCUUAGAUCUAUACCCUUUUCAACUAUACCCAAUUACAUCCAGGGGCCUAGCCAGUGUAACAACACACCGCUUGUAAUAGGGUCUUGCAGAAUGGAAAAAUGGAAUGUGUACUGGGCAUCCUGUUCCAGUUACUACUAAGAAUAUUUGAUUCUUUUGCAGAGAUUCAUGACCUCUGGGCUAUUUAAGGUUUGAGCUUGAAAUCCAAAGUUUAUGUUGAGCAACAUUCUGUUGAUACUGAUGAUUUUAUCAUUACUGUAACGUACCGUCCGGAGCUGCGGGGCUGGUAUUUGGGAAGGGGCAGCACAGAUGGCCGAUCAAUGUCCCUCAAAUUCCGGGCAUUCGUUAUCUGCGCUUACGAAAUUAGGGAGUUUUAAAAGGGAUGGGAUGAAACUCAGGCUGAGGGAAACAGUAGGAGACCCGACACCGAGGAGCAACAGUCACAGUUUAUAGCCCAAUGGGGCCUGUUGGGGUUCUAGUAUGUGUCCUGUGCUGUAUUGUAGUGGGAGCCCAGCCAUCAGAAAGAAAAGGCUGCGGCAGACCCGUGAUUCAAAAUGGAAGAGUUGAAUCUUUGUACGUGGUGGGCCGAUUGAAAUCUAUUAGAUAUCUAUGUAAUGGAGGUUACAUUGCAGAUAAAAAAGGUCCGAAAUCCGAAUAUGGCACAGCCAAAUGUACAGAAAAUGGGUAUGAUCCUAAGCCAAGGUGUUUGGCGCCGUGCUCUCUCUCCGAGGAAGACAUGGACGCAAACGGCAUCGCAAUGGCCCUCCAUCGGGUGUGGCUUACGUCCCCAAUAAAGCAUGGAGACACCGCUUCGUUUAGAUGUAAAGAGGGAUAUGAAAUAUCUGACUCAAAGCUGUUAGAUUCAACGUGCAGUGACGGCGUUCUCACUUACCCUAAUUGCACCAAACCAGAUGGCUGUGGGCCCCCACCAGAAGUGUCCCAUGGAGAAACAGUGGAAGAUCCCAACAAGUUCUAUGAACAUGGCGCGGCUGUGACGUAUAAGUGCCAACAGAGUUAUACCCUUGAGGGGAAAAAACAGAUCUCAUGUAGAAAUGGGCAAUGGGACGAUCCCCCAGUCUGCAAAGGCCCCUGCUCUCUUUCCGAGGAGGAGAUGGAAGCAAAUGGUCUCAGAUUAGACUAUCCUUUGUGGUGGAGAAGUUCCCCGGUGAAGCAUGAAAACAUAGUUUCAUUUAGCUGUGUGCAGAGAUAUGACAUAUCUGACUCAAGCCUGCUCAGAGUAAGGUGCAACGAUGGGGUUGUUAUGUACCCCAAGUGCAUGAAACUAGAGAGCUGUGGACCCCCACCAGAAGUGCCACUCGGAGAAACAGUACAAGGUCAACUGGAGUCAUAUGGACACGGCUCGGUAAUGACAUAUCGGUGUCCGCAAUAUUAUACAUUGGAGGGAAAGCAAAAUGUUACAUGUAGAAAUGGAACAUGGGAUGAACCACCAGCCUGCAGAGAACCAUGCAAGGUCACCUGUAAAGACUUGGACGAAAAAAACAUCACCUGGAUUUGGCCAUUCCCUAUAAAACGACACGUUCUGCAUGGAGAGUUCAUUUUAUUUCAUUGCUUAGAAGGAUAUGAGACAUCUAAAAAAGAUCUACUUAUGGUACAAUGUCAGCAAGGUAGAAUGGCCAUUCCCAAUUGCACUGAACAAGAUCCUCAUGCGGAAGGAACUCCCCACCGGUCCGAUUUCUGGCAGAUGUUCAAGCCCCCCAUGUAACACAAAGAUAGGGAAUGCACAGAAGUGAAAGAGCUAAUGGACUUAUAGCCGUCAUUGCAUUUGCUGUUAUACGUUCCUUUCCUCAAUAGGUUUCCCUUCCCUUUUGUAAGCAAUAUAAUCCCAUAAACUGCACUGGUAAUUAUAUACUUCUCCUCCACCUUCUGCCUUAAAUACAUUCUCUAUGAAUAUUG